GCAAUUUGUACACGAAACCCCACCGUGGUGAGGUGCACCCUAGAGCAGGUGAUGUAACCCCUGUCUCAAACGCUGCUCAAAGGACAAAAAAAGUACAAAAAAAGAAAAAAUAGAACAAAAAAUCCAAGUCUCGAUUUUGAUUUGACUCAGCCGCCGGCUGCUAAAUGCGAACAAUGGAACCGGGAGAUGUUUAUGCUGAUGUGAUGUUUUGUUGCAAGUGUUGAGUGUUUUCAAUGCUGUUGCAAUUUUUUUCGGGUAAAAAAAUAAGUAAAGAUAUAUUGUUAAGGGGGGUUUUCCGGUCAAAAACCAAGGCAUUUGGAAAUGGCGGUGGGCCGGAGAGAGAAAGGCAACCAAUCGUUAUCCCGGGGAACGCGAAUCGCGGCGGCGAUUGGGAUCGGAGUGAUUUUGGGAUGCGUGUUUGCGUUUUUGUUCCCUCAUGGGGUUUUCUCCUCGAAUCAGCCAACUGUAGUUCGUUCCCUUUUGAAUUCCAACCUACAGGUAGAUCAACCCUCAUGUGAGUCGACCGAGAAAAUAACCCAGCUAAAGUCCAACAUCAUGACUUUAUCAGACAAGAAUGCCGAGUUGAAAAGGCAAAUCCGUGAAUUGAACGAAAAACUGCAGUUAGCCGAGCAGGGGAAGGAUGUUGCGCGAGAACAGUUUCUUAUGUUGGGCAAACCUCACAAGGCAGGUCCUUUUGGCACAGUAAAGGGUUUAAGGACAAACCCUACUGUUCUUCCAGACGAGACCAUAAACCCACGACUCGCGAAAAUCCUGGCAAAAGUCGCAGUCCGUAAGGAGCUCAUAGUUGCUCUCGCCAAUUCUCAUGUUAAACCCAUGCUCAAUGUCUGGUUCACCAACAUUAAGAAAGUCGGCAUCCCGAAUUACUUAGUCGUGGCAUUAGACGACGAAAUUGCGGAUUUCUGCAAGUCGAACGACGUCCCUUUUUACCAGAGAGACCCUGACGAAGCAAUCGACUCCGUGGGAAAAACGGGCGGGAAUCACGCGGUCUCGGGACUUAAAUUUCGAAUCUUGAGAGAGUUUUUGCAGUUGGGCUACAGUGUUCUUCUUUCGGAUGUUGAUAUUGUAUUUCUGCAAAACCCGUUUGAUUACUUGUACAGAGACUCUGACGUGGAGUCGAUGUCGGAUGGGCAUAAUAACAUGACAGCUUAUGGGUUUAACGAUGUUUUUGACGAGCCUGCAAUGGGCUGGGCCCGUUAUGCUCACACGAUGAGGAUUUGGGUCUAUAAUUCCGGGUUUUUCUACAUAAGGCCCACAAUCCCUGCUAUUGAGCUUUUGGACAGGAUUGCUGGCAGGCUUGCUCGGGAGGCAGAAGCAUGGGAUCAAGCUGUGUUUAAUGAGGAGCUGUUUUUUCCUUCACAUCCUGGGUACGUGGGACUUCAUGCUGCCAAGAGGACUAUGGAUUUUUACCUGUUUAUGAAUAGUAAGGUUCUUUUCAAGACCGUGAGGAAAGAUGGUAAUUUGAAGAAACUGAGGCCGGUUAUCGUUCAUGUUAAUUAUCAUCCGGAUAAGUUUCCGAGGAUGAAAGCUGUUGUCGAGUACUAUGUGAAUGGGAAGCAAGAUGCUUUGGAUCCAUUUCCUGAUGGGUCUCAAUGAUCGUGAAAGAUGGUAAAUGGUGUCUCGGAUUUUUUACAUGAUAUUUAACGCUCGUUCUCAAGGUGCAACACAGGAUGAAUCUUUUUUGCAGCGAUAUGUUAUGCUAAUGUCAUUUUUUUGGCUUUUGGCUUUUGGUUUGUCUCGGUUUGAUGUAGUUCCUCCGGAACACAUGAAUAAUAUAUAUCUGAAUCUUAUCAGCUUCACUAUAUCUUGUUUGUUUUACUGUUAGCCCCUUGGAAUAUUUGGUGGAAACUCUACUCCGAAAUGUGCAUGACAAAUAAUUAUAGUUCUGCUUCAGGUACUACAUGUAGCCUGUAUUGGCUUUUAAGGUAUUCUUAAUGGGAUCACAUUUUGCUUUCUAUCUGGCGCCCCA